UUUUUUGGCUUAGAAUUGCUUUAGCUAUUCUGGUUCUUUUAUUCUUCCAAAUGAAUUUUAGGACUCUUUUUUUCUAGUUCUCUGAAGAAUGCCUUUGGUAUUUUGAUGGGAAUUGCAUUGAAUCUAUAUAUUGCUUUUGGCAGUAUGGCCAUUUUAACUAUAUCCAAGGACAUCUUCUGAGAUCUUCAAUUUCUUUCUUUGGUGUUCUAUGGUUUUCAUUGUCACAGUCAUUCAUGUCCUGGGUUAGAGCUUAUUUAUUUAUUUGAGGCUAUUGUGAAUGGAAUUAUUUUCCUGAUUUCUUUCUCAGCAGAUUCCUUGUUGGUGUAAAAGAUUCUUGUAUGUUGAUUUUGUAACCUGCUACUUUGACUAAAGGCAGUUUUGCUGGCUUCCUCUUGACCUUUCCUACCCAUAAUAGCUCUCACUUAUGGACUGUGGGGCUAGAGAAUCCAUUAAGUUUCUAUCCCUCUGGAUCCAAAUUCUAUAUUAGUUAGGGUUCAGUCAGAUAAUCUGACCCAUUAUGAGUAGUGAUGAACUUUAUUAGAGGCUUUAGUCCUGACAGGGAAGCUGGUUAACCCCCUGUCCCUGGUCAGCAGUGCCGGCAGUAUGGAAGGAAGAUGGGUGUGAAAUAUGGGACAGUAAGGAUGAGCAGAAACUCAUGAGGACAGUGGGGAGCCCAUUUGUCUCUCAUUGGGACUUGUGUCAGUGUGUCAUCACUCCCAGGGUUCUGACUUACAGGGAGCAGGUAUCCUGCUGCUGAAGAGUGCACUUUGCCACAGAAAGUUGCAAACAUAACCAAACAUUCAGAGAAGCCAAAGAAGCUGCAGGCCAACUUGCUGCAACAGGGAGAUUUAGCAAGAGCUGGAGGAACUGGCUUCUGCCGCAUGGCAACAAGCACUAACCGAGGAAUUGGAUUCUGUAACCAGUGAGCUACAUGCAGUAGACAUUCAAAUUCAAGAACUCAUGGAAAGGCAACAAGAGCUCCUUCAGAAAAAAUCUGUCCUAACAAAGAAAAUAAAUCAGUGUUUAGAGGAUUCUGAUGCUGGGACAAGCAACGAGUGUGAUUCUUCACCUGCCGCUUGGAAUAAAGAAGAUUUUCCAUGGUCUGGUAAAGUCAAAGAUGCUCUGCAAAAUGUCUUUAAACUACAGAAGUUCAGACCACUUCAACUUGAAACUAUUAAUGUAACAAUGGCUGGAAAGGAGGUAUUUCUUGUUAUGCCUACAGGAGGUGGGAAAAGUUUAUGCUACCAGUUACCAGCAUUAUGUUCAGAGGGAUUUACACUUGUGAUUUGCCCAUUGAUCUCUCUUAUGGAAGACCAAUUAAUGGUUUUAAAACAAUUAGGAAUUUCUGCUACCAUGUUAAAUGCUUCUAGUUCUAAGGAGCAUGUGAAAUGGGUUCAUGCUGAAAUGGUAAAUAAAAACUCCAAGUUAAAGCUAAUUUAUGUGACUCCGGAGAAAAUUGCAAAAAGCAAAAUGUUUAUGUCAAGACUAGAGAAAGCCUAUGAAGCAAGGAGAUUUACUCGAAUCGCUGUGGAUGAAGUUCACUGCUGUAGUCAAUGGGGACAUGAUUUCAGACCUGAUUAUAAGGCACUUGGUAUCUUGAAGCGACAGUUUCCUAAUACAUCACUAAUUGGGCUGACUGCAACUGCAACAAAUCAUGUUUUGAAAGAUGCUCAGAAAAUUUUGUGUGUUGAAAAGUGUUUUACUUUUACAGCUUCUUUUAAUCGUCCAAAUCUUUACUAUGAGGUUCGGCAAAAGCCUUCAAACACUGAAGAUUUUAUUGAGGAUAUUGUAAAGCUCAUCAAUGGGAGAUACAAAGGACAAUCAGGAAUCAUAUACUGUUUUUCUCAGAAAGACUCUGAACAGGUAACGGUUAGUUUGCAGAAUUUGGGAAUUCAUGCAGGUUCUUACCAUGCCAAUAUGGAACCAGAAGAUAAGACCAAGGUUCACACAAGAUGGUCAGCCAAUGAACUUCAGGUAGUAGUGGCAACAGUUGCAUUUGGAAUGGGAAUUGAUAAACCAGAUGUGAGGUUUGUUAUUCAUCAUUCAAUGAGCAAAUCCAUGGAAAAUUAUUACCAAGAGAGUGGACGUGCAGGUCGAGAUGACAUGAGAGCAGACUGCAUUUUGUAUUAUGGCUUUGGAGAUAUAUUCAGAGUAAGUUCAAUGGUGGUCAUGGAAAAUGUGGGACAACAGAAGCUUUAUGAGAUGGUGUCAUACUGCCAAAACAUAAGCAAAUGUCGCCGUGUAUUGAUAGCUCAACAUUUCGAUGAAGUGUGGAAUUCAGAAGCAUGUAAUAAAAUGUGUGAUAACUGCUGUAAAGACAUUUCAUUUGAAAAAAAGAAUAUAACAGAGUACUGUAGAGAUCUAAUUAAGAUCCUGAAACAGGCAGAAGAACUGAAUGAAAAACUCACUCCGCUUAAACUGAUUGAUUCUUGGAUGGGAAAGGGUGCAUCAAAACUGAGAGUAGCGGGUGUGGUUGCUCCUGUACUUCCUCGUGAAGACCUGGAGAAAAUCAUUGCACACUUUCUUCUACAGCAGUAUCUUAAAGAAGACUAUAGUUUUACAGCUUAUGCUACCAUAUCGUACUUGAAAAUAGGACCUAAAGCUAAUCUUCUGAACAGUGAAGCACAUGUUAUUACUAUGCAAGUAAAGAAGCGCACACAGAGCGAUUUCAAGGUUGAGACAUCUGAAGCUUAUCAUUCUGAACAAGCUGAUAAAAAGGGGGAAGGAAAAACUUCAGGUAACUUCCAGAAGUCCACAAACAUGCUUCAACAGUCUGGUUCUAAGAAUACAGGGGCUAAGAAAAGAAAAAUUGAUGACGCCUGAAAUAACUAUUACGAAUUUUCCACAACAAUAACUGUUUAUGCAUGUACACAUCAUUAUUUUUGUAGUUAAUAGUUUAUUUUAACAACAAUUUCACUGAUACUUUAUAUGAUAGAGAAAACUAUUUUUAGAGCUUAUCUUUGUGAAGAUUUGAGAAUUUGAGACCUUUCAAUAAUUAGGAAUCAAGAAUUAUAUAAUUUUACUGGGGCUGGGGUUGUGGCUCAUUAGUAGAGUGCUUGCCUCGCACAUUUGAGGUACUGGGUUCAAUCCUCAGCACCACAUAAAAAUAAAUAAACAAAAUAAAGAUAUUAUACCCAUGUAUAACUAAAAAAUAUUUUAAAAGAAUUAUAAUUUUACAAUAUAAAACAAGAAAUACAAAUAAUUUUUAUGCAGAAUUUUACAAAUACAAAAUAACUGACAAUAAAUUCAUCUGGCUUUCUUACAGUCUUUAUGCAUUGGUAUACUUAAGUGUAUUUUUUUCUUUUGAUGUAAUUUUUUGAUGGCACUAUUAAACUGACACAGGCUCAUCACUACAAGUGAGUGAUAUUUUAAGCUGAAUAAUGUAAAUGAUUUCAUCAGGUUAUAAAAAUAUCUAUAAUUCAAAAAGAAUAAGGUAUCAAUAUAAAUAAUAUUAGCAAAUAAGUUACAGCUACAUCUCUAUUUCAGGGAAAUGAAACUGUAAGCUUUCUUAAACUAUAUCCCUACUUUGACAUUUUACAGUCAAAAAUGGAUCUGGUCUAUUAGAAUACAUUUUGGCUAAAUAAAUAAGAACUUGGUUAAAUAUGCUCCCAAGCUAAAUCAUAAGUAAAAUGUUUAAGUUCAAAAUAUAAAAAUGUGUAACUUAAGAUUUCUUAUAUAAUAAGGGGCCAAUUUUGUGUUAGAAAUAUAUCUAUAAAUAAAUUAUUUGAACUGA